CUUACGCUUCGGAAGUCUUAGAACAUGCCACCUAACAAGUGCUGCUAUUUUUCAAGCUCGCUUGCGGUCUCAUGUUGAAAAUGGCUAUCGUAACCCACUUGAAACUUCCCUUGGCAACCUAUACGUCUGUUCUGAUCUCCCUAUCGCUUCCUCUCGUCGAUUCGUCCGGGUCAAGUUUUAAGACUUUUUAUUGUUUGGUACAAACAGAAGGUCACCUAGUUAUAGUAGGUCAGCAUUUAUUAUUGUUCGUUGGUUUUUUUAUCUUUGAAAAAGGGGGUCACAGGGAGCGAACUUGAGCCGCUUCACAUUCAACGCAAGUGACGUUAAUGGUUGAUCACUACCUCCGGUGACACUAUUAUUUCAAUAUCUGCCUACUAAUUUGGGACUAGUGGCUAUUCCCUAUCAACUUUAACUCGGAUUGGGCUA